AUGUCGACUCCGCCGCCUGCGUUUCGGGUCUCAGAUAUCCCGGACUCACAUCCAGGAAGUUGCGGCACUGCAAUGAGUGAAACAUUCAUACAUCUCUGGGCUGCGCUCGGAUGGCGCGAGGAUACGCCAGAGUACCCCAAACUGUCUCACGCCUUUCUGCAGAUGGAGAAACUGCGCGCUGGAUGGACCAACAGCGAGAUAGCAGCUUCUUUGGUCAGGUCCGGACUUGAUAUGUCCAAUUUACUCUUCAAAGAUCUCCUUAGAGACAUGGAUGAGGAAGAUAUUGGUCCUAUCAAGGAUGCAUUCAACUUCGUGGAAGGAGUUCCAAAACUCAAACUGUGGACCGAUGAGGUGGCCCAAUGGGAACCUUCUGAUUCAGUGUACAUGGCUCUUCUCGAAUAUUUCACUGAGGUUCGAGAGAGGGAGAGCCCCCAGUUUGGGAGGAAUUUAACAGUCGCAAGGAGUACAGGCGUUUUCAAUAGUCGGUACGUUCUAGGCUGCAACAAGGCCGAGGACAGUCUCCCGUAUGUCAUUGCACAUCCCUAUUAUCGCGCCUGCUAUUUGAAGUUCCGUCGCAUUUUCUACAUUUGA